ACACGGAAAUUCCAUAUACUAGCUCUAGAGUACCAUUCUGUCUCUCUCUCAUCCCCCGCCGCCGCGAUGGAAGCUCUGACGUCCGCCGCCGUCUCACCUCCCACCUCCACCAGAAGAAGCACCCGAGACUCCUCCCUCCUCCGGCCGCCGCCACGGCGGCACCGCCCCCACCUCGCCGCCUCCUCUCGCCUCCCCUGCCACCGCCUCCCGGCCCUCUGCUCCCUCGGCCUCCCCCCCUCCCCCGUCCCCAUCAGCGGCGGUGGGAGGUGGCGAAGAUCCUUGGUGGCCUGCGCCUCCUCCUCCUCAUCGCUGGCUGGAGGGGACGAAGGGGAGGACGAGGAGGAAGCAGGGGAAGGACGAGGCGUGGGCGAUGACGAUUUGGAGCGGGCGUUGGCGAUGGACGCGAGCAUCCCGGGGAGCUCCCAGGAGUUCGUGCGGCGGGUCUCCUCCCGCGCCUACGACAUGCGCCGUAAUCUUAUGCAGACCAUCGAUUCCAUCAGUUACGACGUUCUGGAGUCCAAUCCUUGGAGGGAAGACUCAAAACCAGUCUACGUGCUGGCUCAAAGAGAUAACCAGUUAUGGACAAUGAAAACACGCAGGAGUCGCAGGUCAGUGAAGUUGAAAGGGAGCUUGAUCUGCUAUUCUCUAAAGGAAGAAAGCGGGGAUCAGCAAUUGGCAAUAAAGCUACAUAUUCAAGUGUUGGCACAAAAUUUCACAUGCUUGUUGAAGAUAUCAGGGAAGGAGUGCUUGUGUUUGAAGAUGAGAAUGAUGCCACAAGAUACUGUGACCUGCUACAGGGAGGAGGACAGGGUUGUGAAGGCAUUGCAGAACUAGAGGCCUCAUCGGUCUUUGAUAUUUGUCGCAAUAUGAAGGCUCUGGCUGUUUUGUUCCGUCGAGGAAGGACACCUCCAUUGCCUAAAAGCCUAGAGCAAAAUCUAAGAGCUCGAAAGCGGUCGCUAGAAGACCAGGAUCUUAUGUAAAAUGUUGUAUAAUAAAACAACCUGAUUAUUUCUAGUAUUGUAUUUAUCCGUUGAUAUGCUAAGUGCAUUAAAAUGAAAGAAUAGGUGUUUAUUUUAUA